AAUGGGUAAGGUUCAUGUAAGGUUUAUGUUGGUACUUUUGUAGAUUGAAGGAUAAUUUUGAGGUUAUAUAAAGAAAAUUAAUAAUAAUAACAAAAUGCAGUGUACACCUGCUGAAAUUGAAGAAAAACGAAGACAAGCUCAAUUAAAAUUAUUAGCGAAAUCUCAGCACAACCCAAUUAAUAAUCAUAACUCUCCAUCCACCAGCCUAAAUCACCAAAACAAGUUUAAUUUUAAGCUGUACAAUAAAUCGAAAUCUGAGGUGUUUUACGGGUCUAAUAAAGUCGUAACGAUCAGUUUUAGCUUAAUUUCCGAGUCACGAUUUGUUGCAAACUCAUCUGAUUUUCAUGAGGCAUCUGUACAUGUAUUUAAAUCAAUUUCUUCAAAAAAUUAUAAUGCUAAAAGUAAAAAUUGGGAUUUUGAUUUAAAAGACUACGAAUUAUUGGAACAAAAAUUAUUGUUGUUACACCCGCAAGUUGUCCUUGUAAAACUACCUCAAUUUGUGAUUAAAACUGUUAAAAUACAAAAAGGCGAUGAUAAAAUCGAUUUAUCUAGAAUAGAUAAUGAAUUGUUAAGUGCGUUAAUGCCUUUUCAAGAGGAAGGAGUUUGUUUUGGAAUUGAUAAAGGGGGUCGUUGCUUAAUUGCUGAUGAAAUGGGGUUGGGAAAAACGUUCCAAGCGCUAGGAAUAGCUAGUUAUUACAGAGAUGAUUGGCCCUUACUCAUCGUUACAACAGCUUCAAUGAAGAAUGUUUGGGAAGAAACGAUUCAUAAAUAUCUACCAAGCGUUUCAAUAAUGGAAACUCAAUACAUGAUAACAAGAAAAGACUACAUCGGAGAUGCAAAAGUAUUAAUCGUUAGCCAUGAUAUGAUGAGUAGGUGUGGUGAAAAGUUGUUGGAAAGAAAUUUUGGUGUGAUAAUAAUCGAUGAAUCCCACACAAUUAAAAAUUUUAAAGCUAAAUGUACCCAAGUUGCAACAUUAUUAGCAAAAAAGUCAAAAAGAAUCGUUUUAUUAUCUGGAACACCGGCUUUAUCACGACCUAACGAAUUAUAUUCCCAGUUAAGUUUAAUCGAUUCGAAAUUUUUUGGGGGGUUUAUAGGUUAUUCAACGCGUUAUUGCGAUGGUAAAACUACAAGUUUUGGUUGGGAUGCAACCGGACAGUCAAAUUUACAAGAAUUAGAAAUAGUUUUGAGGAAAAAAUUUAUGAUCCGCAGAACGAAAGCUGACGUUUUACAAAGUUUGUCAAAAAAAGUACAAGAAGUCGUUGUUUUAGACGUUAAAUUAAAUCAACUUAGUGAAAAUGAUCGCAACAACUUAACGAUUUUAUCCGAUAAGUUCAAUCGGGGAAAAGCGUUGGAAAAACAUAGUGCUUUACUUACGUUUUUUUCUGAAACAUCAAGAAUUAAAAUCCCAUCAGUUUGUUCUUUUAGUUCCUAUGUUCUUGAAAUAUUAAAUACAACAUCGAAAUUUUUAAUUUUUGCCCAUCAUCAGCAAAUGUUAGACGCAGUACAAAAAAUUUUAAACAAUAGAAAGAUAAAAUUCAUCCGAAUUGAUGGUUAUUGUAACUCAGAACAAAGAAAAAUAAACGUCGAUAAAUUUCAAUUCGACGAUUCUUAUACUUGCGCUUUACUAUCAAUCACAGCGGCAAACGCAGGGAUCACCCUGACUAAAGCCCAAUUAAUUAUCUUCGCCGAAUUGCAUUGGAACCCAAGCAUUUUGAGUCAAGCCGAAAGCCGAGCCCAUCGAAUAGGCCAACAAGAACAAGUAACCGUGCGGUAUUUAUUAGCCCCUGGUACAGCCGAUGACUAUAUGUGGCCUUUAUUACAAGAAAAACAAAAAAUUUUGAGCGAAAUUGGUUUAACGAAGGAAUCGUAUCAAAAUGUCGAAGUUAAAAAGCAACAUUUAGUGAAAUCCGAUGAGAUUAGAAACUGUUUGGAGAAUUGUUUGGGAAGUUCUCACACUGAAUGUGGCACUUUGGAUAUUAGUUCAUAUUUUGAGUCACCUAAAAAGAAGCUAAAAAUGGAGAAUAAAAAUGAUGAAGGAGAUUUAGGUUAUGAUUUAUUUAACGAUGGAUUUAACGAUUUAUUGAGCUCAAUAGAUAUUUAAAAUAAAAUGUUUAUUAAGUUAA